AUGCACAUCUCCAACCAUCUUGCAGUGGCCCUGGCCAUCGCCGCGGGCACCGCCCAAGCCCACGCCCGCCACGGCAACCUCUACGCGCGCCAGAACGCCACGCAGCCCGGCACUACGCCCGCCAUCAUCCCCAUCAGCGUCCCGACCACGCCCAGCGGCGCCACCGAACCCAUCCCGGUGCCCGUGCAGACCGAGCAACAGCCCACCACCCAAGCGCCCGCCGUCGUCCUCAGCACGGCCGAGACCCCCGCUGCGACAGAGGAACCCACUGCAACCACCGUCCCCGCGAUCGUCGUGCCCCCGUUCCCCAUCCCCGCCAACUCCAGCGUGCCGGCCACCGUGCCGGCCAGCGUGCCUGUCAUCCCCUUGACCACGGCGCCGCCCGCGAUCGUGACCCCCUCCGUCGUCCCCGCGACGACGCCCAGUUCCGGGUUCGUCAACUCCACCAGCCCGAAGGCCACCCACUCGGCGACCUCCAGCGGGGGUAAGGGUGGUGGUAACGGUGGGAGCGGUGGCGGCGGCAGCGGCGGCGGCGAGGGUGGUGGUGCCGCUCCGGCCUCCCCGAGCGCCACGAACGGUCUUACCACGAGCGGGAGCACGAAGUUGGUCGCCUCGGCUCUGUCCCUGGUUGGGGGCAUUGUGGUCGGGGUGAUGGUGCUGGUUUAG